AUGUUAGGCACCGCCGUGGCACCUAUUGCAGUCACAGUUUUCAGAAGCUACACGGCGAGCUUCACGACAUCGUUGGUCAUCUUCGCUCUCACGAUGGCCUACCUGGUCAUCUUUGUGCGUCAGCCUGUAAGCCAUGGUACUGGCACUUUGUCGAAUGAAUCUGCCCAACCAGGGUGGCACAAAUCUCCACUAGGAGUGUUGCUUUCGCCUCUACGGCCGUUCUAUACCAAUCGGAAGGUCAUACCUUACGGACUGUCGCUCCUAUUAUAUACCGCCGUACAAGGGCAUUUAUUUCCAGUGAUUAUGGUUUUCGCCUCCAUUAGAUUUCACUUCGGUACUCUCGAGAACGGUCUGAUCGUUUCCACAGCCGCCAUUUGUGCCGCAUUCCAGAUUUCCCUCCAGAUUUAUGUAGCUCCAAUGCUGGUGCGGCUCAGUCAUCGAUUCGGAUGGGGAGCUCAGGAUGCCUCGAGGGUGCGGCAUCAGGAUCACAAUGCCGUAGUCGGCGCACUUCUGUUGCAAAUGGUUGCCCUGUCAGCAAUUACCCAAGUCCGCAGCCCCGUUCAGCUGUAUCUAGCAGUUGCUCUCUCAUCCGCUGGGCUGGCAGUCCCGGCUUUCUUCAAGGCCCACUUUGUCUCGUUCAUGCCGGACGCACCACAGGCUAUAUCUGCGCUGACCUUCAUGGAAAGCGUGGGAGGGUUGUUAUCCCCUUUCGUCCUGGGGGCAUGGCAGGCGGUUAUUCCCGGCACGUCAGUUUUCCUGCUGGCAGUGGCACUUUUAGGAACUACCCUGUGUCUGUUUCUGGUGGCGGGUCUCUUUCAUUCUUCUGGUCGGGUUUGA